AUUCGCGUCGGUAUGGCGGGCUGUAAGUCACACCGGAGAAGUAUGGCAUGACACUGCCGCCUCUUAUUUUUUUAUGGACUAUCGCAAAAUACUAGAAUUUUUGUUGAACAAAUCGUUUGAAAGUCGUAAUUAAUCCGACGAGUUCGACUAACGCCCACGCGUUUUGGCCGCCGGUACCAUCAUUUUUAUUUUUUUCAUUUCGUAAUAAGACCACUGAAGAACCGCCAUACUGGUACAAAUGACCCACUAAUUUGUGUCACUAUCUCCCGGCCUAUAAGGAAAAGGUUGAAAUACACUUAGAAUAUUAGAAAAUACUAGUAAAUCCGAUCAGACCCGGAAAUGUAUUCUAUAGUUCGUCAUCACUACUGAAUGUCAAGCUCCAUUAUAUCAAUGUCAAAUUGCAAAAGCCUACUUUCAAGUUUCAACUUUCAAUCAAUAGUUUAUAUUUUGAUUGUAAGUAUUUUUACUUUUUAGUGAAAGAAGCGGUUUUGUACUGUAAGAACUUAUAAUGAAUUUUUAUAUUUUGUUUGUUGUUAGUUUCCUAUUUAAAAGUGUUUAUAACAAGGAUGGUGAUUGUGGUUGUAAUGUAAAACGUGAGCAUCAAGAACAGAUAGGCAAAGACAGUGUAUUUGGUUCUUUGUUGGACGAAGACCGGUGUCAAUCAAAAUUUAAUUGUUUUGAUAAUAUUGAGGAACACAUAAAGAAUCAAAUGAUUUUAAUACCCGGGGGGUAUUACCAAGUCGGUACUGAUGAUAUAGUCAUAGAAGCAGACAAAGAAGGUCCUAAGCAUUUAGUUGAACUUAAGAGUUUUUAUUUAGAUAAAUACGAAGUUUCUAACAAGGAUUUUUAUGCUUUUACUGAAUCUACUGAAUACAAGACUGAAGCUGAAACUUUUGGAGAUAGUUUUGUUUUUACACUAUUUCUCAAUAAUACAUUUAAAGAGAAAUUAAAAGACUUUCGAGUGGCCCAAGCUCCUUGGUGGUAUAAAGUGUCUAAUACCUCUUGGUACCAUCCAUUUGGACCAGAUUCAAAUAAUUCAGAUAUAAUGGAUCAUCCAGUUAUUCAUGUCUCCUGGAAUGAUGCUAAAGCAUAUUGUAUAUGGAAAGGGUUGAGACUACCAACUGAAGAAGAAUGGGAAGCUGCCUGUCGUGGAGGUCACAAGGAUACUAAAUAUCCCUGGGGAGAUAAACUAUUCCCUAAUAAAAAACACAUGGCAAACAUAUGGCAGGGCACGUUUCCUCACCACAAUUCAGCUAAAGAUGGUUAUAUUGGUACAAACCCAGUGCAUUUAUUUCCACAAAAUGAUUUUGGACUACACAACAUGGCCGGAAAUGUUUGGGAGUGGACUGACAGUGUUUGGUCAAAAGAUACUCCCCUAGAAAAGGUUAAAAGAGGUGGAUCAUACUUAUGCCAUCUAUCCUACUGCUACAGAUAUAGAUGUUCAGCACGUUCACACAACACUGAUGACAGUUCCGCUGGAAACUUAGGUUUUAGGUGCGCAAAAUCUGCAUAAACCUAAGAGGCUAGUUAUAUAUAACUGUAAACAAAUUAGCAUUACUAACAUAAUACUACAUUUUUGUGAUCAUCAAGUUAUUACAGAUGUAAUUAUAAUGAAUGACAAUUGUAGAUUUCUAUCAUAUUAUAUGAGUUCUAAAAAAUUUAUUAGGGUGCGUCCACAUCUGGCGAAUAUGCCGCGAAUGUGCAGCUCGCGAGCAGUUUGCGAGCUACACGCGUGCAUUUUUGUUCGUGCGCCGCUCCUGUGCCGCCCGCGCGCCGUUCGCUCGCAACCUAAGCGCCGUACGCGACAAAACGCGCGAGCGGCUCGCGUCUUCCUUCCGCCCACGCCAGUAAACGGAACUGUAAGGGCGAGAAUUGAGUGCGCACCUUAUACGAGCCUUGCGUGAGUUGCGCUAAAGAGGAGCACAUAACCAAUACCGUGACUGCACGCGUGCAGCUCGCAAACGGCUCGCGAGCUGCACAUUCACCAGAUGUGGUCGCACCCUAAUAAAGUAGAGAAACUCGCUAACAUGCAAAUAUUUUGUUGAAACAUUGUAUAUACUGUAUGGUUUAUUGUUAAAUUCCCAAAAUUUGAUAAUUAUUAUAUAAGAUAUGGACUUAUUAGUCCAUAUCUCUCAUAAAAAAUUAUUGCGCUUAUCAUUAAUAUGAAUUUAUGUAGUACUUAAUAUUAUACUGUUAUGUUUAUUAUUUCUAGUCUUCCUGUAUUUAAAUUGUU